GGCUCGUUUUUCGCAUUCUGGUAUCAACAAACGUACAGCAGCUCGAAGCCUUGUCUCAGUCACUACGAAUCAAAUUGUUAYACCCAUAGAUUGUGCGUCCCUACGGGUAGUAAAGAGAGAAGAGGGAUUGACUGUGUUUUCGACAAGGACAAAUAAUGGUAUCUUGCGAUGAAUCCGGAAUGCCUUCCGCGAUGGAUCUGGACAUAAAUGACGGGUCUGUACCGCAGGAUCUACAAGUCGCCAUUCUCGACUUACUGGAAACAUGCAAAGAGUAAGUUUUCUAGUUUUUCGGGGAUAUGGCAAGUGGCUUGAUGUAUAACGAUUGUUUCUAACCGCGUUGAUUGCUUCGAUGCAAAAACUAGGAAUGAUAUACCAGUYCCCGACCGUCUCGGCAAUGAGUUCAUGGAUGUUCUUAGUUCAUCGAGAAAAAAGGUGGCGGCAGAAAUGCUGUCUUUCACGGAGAGACUCACCGAAGACAAGGAAGCUUAUCAAAAGUCGAUUUAUGGGAGUCCAAUCGUGGUCGCAGCAAAGGAGAUUGACAAGAAAUUGAAGAAAAAACGAUUUGAUGCCCAUAUUCGUGUGAAAGAUGGAUCAUUCAAGUAUACCGAGCGCAUCGACCCGGCUCAAUCCAAAAAAUCAAGAAGAAAUUCAAUUGAAACUGUUUAUAAUGGUGGCCCGGUACAACGCGUUUGGCAAACACUCAAGCGAACAUUGAGAGGUGAUUUUACUGGAAUGAAAGUAGUCGAGCAUUAUCCUGUAAAGAACAUCAACUUGUACUUUGAACAAAGAAAGACAUACCUUGUGCUUGGGGCUCCCAGAAGCGGCAAAUCGUCAUUACUGAAAAUGAUUGCUGGAGUUCUUCCCGAAGAUAAAAGCCACGAAGUUGGAGGUGUGGUCAGUGUGAAUCGGAUAACCACGAAAACAAAAGACGUCGUGUGGUCAAACCUUGUAGGAUACAUCGAUCAGAUUGAACGUCUUCACCCAUACUUGACGGUCAAGGAAACAUGUGACUUUGCCUUUAAUUGYCGCAUGGGAGGAACCCAUAAAUCUCCUCUACAAGACAACGGGCUAGAGGCCGAAGCCACUGUGAAGAAAAUGGACGAUGAACAAUAUCUCGUUAUGACUGUAUUAAAGGCAAUGGGACUCGACCGCGUCAAGGAUACCUUUGUUGGUGAUCAGGAAACAGUUCGAGGUGUCAGUGGCGGGGAAAAGAAGCGUGUCACUGUCGGUGAAAUGUGUGUUGGACAAUUUCCAAUUUUGUGCAUGGACGAAAUCAGCACUGGUCUUGACGGUACGUGGAAUUAUCGUAUUUAUCUAUCGUGUUCUCUAAGUCMAUGUUGCUUGAAUGCAGACUAAAAAUUAUGCCUCAUCUUCUCCCAGCCGCAACGACGUACGACAUUUGUAAGCUUUUGGGUGAAGUCAACGCUUUAUCGCAGGGCAUUAAGAUUGUUACAUUGCUACAGCCGCCACCUGAAACCUUCGCUCUAUUCGACGACUUGAUUCUUCUUAGCGAGGGCCAGGUGAUCUACAGCGGACCGGUUGAAAAAGUUGUUCCAUAUUUCGAAUCUCUUGGAUAUAGACUACCUGAGCGGAUGGAUGUCGCUGAUUGGUUACAAGUAAGUAAUAACCAGUUGAAAGGUAUGAAAAAUCAAUGAUGAGAGGACUCAAAAAUGUGUUUCUCUGUCUCUUGCUCUAGGCAUUACCAACGAAAGAUGGAGCCGAGUUCAUUGAAACUGUAGACCAUAAUGGUAACAUUGAAGUACCCAAAGGUCACCUCACAUCUGAUGAGUUCCAUUUGAGAUUCUACGAGAGUGAACAAGGGAAAAAAAUAUUGGAGGUUUUGGGCAUUCCUUUCGAAGACAACAAACAUAAURAAGAGCUUUGGGCUUCCAGUGAAGACGUGAAAAAAAUUUACACAGAGAGAUACAAAAAUAACUCGCUACAAUCAUUGAAAUUGCUCAUCGUCCGCGAGGGCCUACUCUGGUGGCGCGAUAAAGCAGGGAUUAAGGCGCGUAUUGCUCAGGAUCUGCUGAUGGGCAUAAUUGCUGGGACUGUAUUCUGGCAAGGUUCGGAGGAGAUAACAUCUGUUUUGGGCAUUCUCUUUCAAUCCAUGCUUUUCAUCUCACUUGGAGCCAUGAUGAAAAUUGCUCCACAAUAUGCAGUUCGAGGGGUGCUAUAYAAGCAUCAAGAUGCGAAUUUUUUUCCCACUUGGACAUACGUAGUUGGAAGAAGUCUGGCAAGUAUCCCAGCAUCCAUCAUCGAUGGUUUACUAUAUGGAACAAUCGUGUAUUGGUUUGUAGGUCUUGCCCAUAACGACGGCGCUUCGUUCGGAAAUUACAUUCUUUUUGUUUUGAUAACCAUGGCUGCAUCCACCGGUAUCGGAUUAAUGUUCAGCAUAUAUUCAGCGAUUACUAAGGAGCGAAGCGCGGGUCAGGCUGCUAUGUCGGUUUCGUUGGUUCUUUUGAUUCUCUUCUCUGGUUUCACGGUAAGAACRACCAAAUUUGAAGCAUUYCAUGUUCUCUUUGACCUAGAGUUCUUCGGAAUUCUCAUGUUAUUUUUGUUUUACGCGACUGCUGAAGGURACACCGAACAAUAUACCUGUAUACUGGAUCUGGUUGUAUUGGGUGAACAUYUUCGCUUGGGCAUUUCGUGCCCUCAUUGUCAAUGAGUAUGAUAGCGGUAAAUACGAUCAGAUAACCGAYGUAAUGUAUCUUGGAAAAAACUUGACAGUUGGUCAAGUUAUACUAAAAAAUGGAGGCUUUGUUGACCCUAGCGGCGAGCCAUACUCGUUCGAGUGGGCUUUGUACUCGAUCUUAUUUUCUGCUAUAAUCUGCAUUUUCGCAGUCAUUGGUGCAAGUGUCGCAUUGGUUAAAGUAAGAUUUGCGACAGGAAAGUCACUAUCUAACGAUGCUUACGAGAAAGCAGACAAUAAGGACAAGGAGGUUAGUGUCGUUGAAACUGCGCUUCCUUUCCAGAGAGCUAACUUGACAUUCAAAGAUAUWCAUUACACUGUGGCCUCAUCUAUUGGGAGCGAGAAGAUCGAAUUGUUGAAAGGAAUCGAUGGUGUAGUUGAAGCAGGGAAAAUGACCGCUCUCGUAAGUUUUGUUUUCUACAAUCGGCACUACGGACGCAUUACUCUACAUGCAAAUCACUAUGCGUUCCUUUACCGCACUCUUAUUAUGAUCAUUGCAUUCUCCCUCUGUCUAUCUUUUCCCCAAGAUGGGUUCUUCCGGAGCUGGGAAAACAACUCUGAUGGAUGUCCUUUCUUUGAGGAAGUCGAGCGGAGAAAUCACUGGUGAAGUUCGUUUGAAUGGGCAUCUUCAAGAAGAACGAAGUUUUCGCCGAUGUACUGGAUAUGUGGAGCAAUUUGAUGUUCAAACUGCACAGCUAACAAUUCGGGAAACGUGCGACUUUUCGGCAAAACUUCGUCUAGAAUCCACAGACCCYGCUGUCACGCCCGAAUCUACUGAGCGGUUCAUUGAUCAAACUCUUGAUAUGCUUGAGUUGACUCCUAUUCAACAUUAUCUGGUUGGAAAUGAUGCCACUGGAGGUUUAUCUUUUGAACAAAAGAAGMGGCUGUCGAUUGCUGUUGAGCUUGUUGCGAAUCCUUCGAUUCUUUUCCUUGAUGAACCUACUUCAGGACUCGACGCACGCGCUGCAGCGAUUGUCAUGAGAGGCUUAAAGAGAAUUGCGUUGUCAGGGCGAGCAGUUUGUGCCACCAUUCACCAGCCUUCAAUCGCAAUUUUCAAUUCAUUUGACUCGCUAAUUCUUUUGAAACGUGGUGGCGAAGUUGUCUUCAACGGCGAAUUAGGAAAUGAGAGUUCUAAUCUGAUUAAGUAUUUACAGUGCUACGAGGCUACCCCUUUCAUUCAACCUGGAGAAAACCCAGCAACUUGGAUGCUGACCACUAUUGGUGCUGGMAAUGCUAAAGUUGGGAAUCAAUUCGAUUAUGCAGGCGCCUAUGCUAAAUCUCAGCUUCACCAAAAGUGUAUGGAWUCCAUAACCAGAAUUGAAAGUGCGGUUUCAGAUAAGAAUUUGAUUAGUUUUCCGUCAAUGUAUGCAACGACAACGAAGACUCAGCUAACGGAGGUUAUAAAACGGACAUGGACAGUAUAUUGGAGAUCACCUUCUUAUAACCGAACACGCAUCAUUACUGCCGCUCUACUGUCGCUGUUGAUCGGGAGUGUCUUCAUCAGUGACCGUGUGCCUACAGAUGAUACGCAAAUGCGCAGUCGAAUGACAACUAUCUAUUUAUCUUUUCUCAUCGUUGCUAUCAAUGGAAUGAACACUGUCCUUUCGUUCUUUGAGGCAGAAAGGAAUAUGUACUACAGGCACAAAUCUGCUCUGAUGUACGAUACUUUUUCAGUAUCUGCKGCGUACACACUUGCAGAGAUUCCGUUCUUGGUUGGGACUUCUCUUUUGUAUACUACAAUCUUCUAUUUCAUGCUUGGAUUUGCAGCCGAUGCCGAAAAAUUCGGGUACUAUUACCUUUUUAUGCUUUUAUGCAUGUCACUUUUUACCUAUACAGGUCAAAUGCUUGUCACACUUUGUCGUAAUGCACAGAUUGCGCAAGGAUUUUGUUCGCUGGUGGGUUCUAAUACUGGUUUGUUCAGUGGUGUGCUUAUCUUACCGCAAAACAUUCCGAAGUUCUGGAUUUUUAUGUAUUGGCUGCUACCUGGUCACUACGUUCUAGAAGGAUUGCUGACCACACAGUAUGACAACGAUACAAGUCCUAUUUCAGCUUAUCCUGGGUCAGGGUUCUACCAAUAUCUAGUCGAUUCUGGCGAAUGCACACAAGGUGAUGCGGUUUGUACUGGGACCGCCGAAGGAUGGGUGUACUAUACUUUCGAUGGAGAGUUUACACGUGAAAAUGUGCCUUUCUGCAUACUGUACCUAGUCGGUGUAACUGUGUUGACAAGAGUGAUUUCUGUCUGGGCUUUGGGGCACUUGAAUUACAGGAGCACAUAAGAACUUAUUUGAUGGCGUUAUGUUGCCUGCAAGUUUCUAUUGAACUUGCUCGAUCUCUCGAAAAUCGUAUUACUUCAAUAUUAUUUUUAGGAUUAAUUUGAAUGACCCURGCCCUGAAAUGGUAAAUUAUAGUUAUU